AUGCUGGCAUAUGUCUACCCUACUGGUAACAGCGGUCCAAUAUUCAACUUUAAACGAGACAACUGGGGUGUCCAUUUAUGGCAAACUGCCCCAACCCAAGAGUUUGUUCGUUUUUGUAAUCGUGCUUUGCAGUUUACCAAUUACUUAGCUGUCAAUGUCCUGAAACACAACGAUUGGAAUUUCUUUGGAGCUACUUACGAUUAUAGUAGUGGUAUUGCUAAACUGUGGUUGAAUGGUGCUGAAGUGGCUAGUCAGAAUAUUGGUGUAACUGAGAUUUCAACUCAAUAUGAAGCACGUAUGGGUGCACGUGUUGGAGAUGGAAGAUACUUCCAGGGUAUGAUAACGUGUAUGCAAAUAUAUAACAAAGCAUUGUCUGCAAGUGAAAUGGAACAAGCGCAACAAAUGUGUGAAAUAUGCCCAGCCCAGACCACAACAGCAGCGCCAACUACAAAGAACCCUACCACUGCAGCGCCGACCACUGCAGCACCAACCACUGCAGCACCAACAACUGCCGUACCGACCACGAAACAACCAACCACUGCAGCGCCACCUAGUGAAAACCCAAUUACAGUGGAGCCUACAGAGGAACCAACAGAGCAAGAAUGCGAACUGCCUGAGGGACUUGUCAACGUGGCUAGUAAAGGAAUCGCAUCACAAAGUUCCAAAAAGGGAGGUGGUAAAGCCGAAAAAGCGAUUGACGGAAACAACAGCAGCGACUUUAAACAGAAGUCGUGCUCUAGAACAACACUUGAAUCUGAUCCAUGGUGGAAAGUUGACCUCGGACGGAGUAUGGAUAUUUACAAAGUCACUAUCACCAAUAGACAAGAUUGCUGCGUUUGUAAUACCGGAGUAAUUCCAUUGAUUGUUGAUAUGUUUGCAUAUCUACCCAUACAACGUACUGUGAUCUUGAAAAUUCUUAAUGCCGAGGUUCAUAUCGGAGACAGUGAAAACACAGGACAAAAUGCCAUGUGCGGCGCUAAGAUCUCAGACAGUGGAGAGACUAUUGACGUCAUAUGUGAUUGUGGGGAGCCAAUCACUGGACGCUACGUCAGCAUUCAACUGCUUGGUGUAACUGAAGAAUUAACAAUAUGCGAAGUCGAGGUUAUGGCUCUUCCAUCAAGUGAACCAACCGAGAUACUGGCUAGUCAGAAUAUUGGUGUAACUGAGAUUUCAACUCAAUAUGAAGCACGUAUGGGUGCACGUGUUGGAGAUGGAAGAUACUUCCAGGGUAUGAUAACGUGUAUGCAAAUAUAUGACAAAGCAUUGUCUGCAAGUGAAAUGAUACAAGCGCAACAAAUGUGUGAAAUAUGCCCAGAAAUGCCAACUGAAGUGCUCACACCAGUUGCAUAUUGGCCUCUGAAUGCAAAGUCACUUACACAAGACGAGUCUGGAAAUGGAAAUGAUGGUGUAGUUACCGGGGCAACAUUAGACUCAAAUGGUGCUGGCGAUAUAUGCAGUGCCUAUCGUUUCCAUGGCAAUGCCAAUUCUUAUAUUGAAUUUCCAAACAACGGUGCAUAUGAUACUCGUUAUUCCAUCACCAUGCUGGCAUAUGUCUACCCUACUGGUAACAGCGGUCCAAUAUUCAACUUUAAACGAGACAACUGGGGUGUCCAUUUAUGGCAAACUGCCCCAACCCAAGAGUUUGUUCGUUUUUGUAAUCGUGCUUUGCAGUUUACCAAUUACUUAGCUGUCAAUGUCCUGAAACACAACGAUUGGAAUUUCUUUGGAGCUACUUACGAUUAUAGUAGUGCUGAGGAAGGAACAACUAUCCCACCAACAUUAGCAUGUACAAACCCUGAUGGCCUAGUAAAUAUCGCCGUGGGUAAGCGUGCCAGCCAAAGCUCAACUAAUAAGAAUGGGGCUGUUGCUAGUCGUGCCGUGGAUGGUAACAAGGACAGUGACCUGAAAGCUGGAAAGUCAUGCGUACAAACCAAUAAGGAGUAUCAGCCCUGGUGGAAGCUAGAUUUGGGAGCUCCCACAGAUGUGUAUCAAGUCGUCAUCACCAAUAGAAUGGAUUGUUGCUCAUUCCGUAUGAAGAACGCCGAAGUUCGCGUUGGUGACAGUGAGAACUUUGAAGACAACCCAGUGUGUGGAAUGAUGGUGCUUGGUAAGCGAUCUAGACAAGAGACAAUCAUAAUGAACUGUGGAUGCGGCGAAUCAUUGAGGGGUCGCUAUGUUAGCAUUCAGCUCAUAGACAAAGAACAAAUGCUCCAUUUCUGUGAAGUGGAGGUAAUGGCUUUUGGUCAAGAAGGAACUUUCAGACCUCCACCUCCUGUCCCAACAACAUUGCUAGUAGAAGACGGAACAACUAUUCCACCAACUGAAGCAUGUAUAAAUCCCGAUGGUCUGAGCAAUAUCGCCGUUGGUAAGAUUGCCAGCCAGAGCUCAACUAACAAGAAUGGCGCUGUUGCAAGCCGUGCAGUGGAUGGAAACAAGAACGGUGAUUUGAAAGCGGGAAAAUCUUGCAUACAAACCAACAAAGAAUUUCAGCCGUGGUGGAAGCUAGAUCUUGGCGAAUCAAAAGAUGUAUAUCAAGUUAUUAUUACUAAUAGACAGGACUGUUGUUCAUUCCGUUUGAAGAACGCAGAAGUACGCGUUGGUGAUAGUGAGAACUUUGAAGACAAUCCAGUGUGCGGUAUGAUGGUAAUGGGAAAACGGUCUAGACAAGAAACACUCAUCAUGAAUUGCGGUUGUGGCGAAUCAAUGCGUGGAAGAUAUGUCAGCGUUCAACUCCAGGACAAGACUCAAAUGCUGCAUUUCUGUGAAGUGGAGGUUAUGACGUUGUAGAUUCAUUAUGUUCAAGUGACGGCGUGAUAGACUCGUUAAUUGUAAUGUAAUUGCAUGAGGCAUGAAAUUAGUGAAAUAAAA